AAAUCAGAUUUACAAGCUAUCAGUAUAUAAUAAACAGUUCUUAUUUGUAGGUUGUACUUUUAAGAGCAGCAUUCUCUCCAAAAGGUUACAAAAGCAAUGAUCUCCAAUGGUUCUACCUUCUUCUGCGGAAUUUAUGCUCUCUUGCUUAUACUUAAUAAUGUCCUUGGAGAUCCCAUAAAGUCUUCAAGUGCACAAGACGAAGAAAUUCAGAAUAAAUUGGCAACGGCGAACAAUGAUUUGACUUUUAAACUUUACAGCAGGUUAGCCAAAGAAGAACCUGGUAAUGUGUUUUUCUCACCCCUCAGCUUAUCUGAUGCUUUAGGAAUGCUUUUUAUCGGUACUGGAGGAAGCACGCAGCAAGAGCUAAGAACUGCUUUAGGAUACAAUACAGCUAACCUUCCAACUGAUCAAGUAGACAGAGCAUUCAGUUCCUAUUUGAAUAAAGUGUUAUCUUCAAAUAAAAAUUAUACUCUAGAUCUUGCUAAUAAAUUGCUCUUAAAAAACAGUGUGCAAACAAAAUCCACUUACGUUCAACGAGUUCAGGAUUGCUUUAAAGCCGACGUUGAAAAAGUCGAUUUUGCGAAAAACCCGAAACAAAUUUUGAAUGAAGUCAACGGCUGGGUCAAAGAGAAGACACAUGGAAAAAUCGACAGUAUUUUAAAUUCUGUGGAUCCUUCAAGUGUCAUGCUUCUUUUGAAUGCCAUUUAUUUCAAAGGAGCAUGGACAGCAAAAUUUGAAAAGAAAUACACUAAACCUCGGAAAUUUUAUGAAAAUGGCUUGGAUUCUGAACCAAAGGAUAUUCCUUUUAUGGAUGGCGGUAGAGCAAGACGAUAUCCUUACGCUGAAGUUGAAGGAACGCAAGCUCUUGAGUUGCCUUAUAAAGGAGAAGAUAUCUCAAUGAUCAUUAUUUUGCCAGGCAAGCGAGAUGGUCUAUCUGAAUUAGAGAAAGAGCUAACUCUGGAGAAAUUCAAAGAAUUCCAAAAUAAACUCAGAACUAGGUUCGUUUAUGUCAAAAUUCCUAUAUUCAAAAUCAAAUAUUCUCACGAGAUGGCUGGAGACAUUGCAGCACUUGGUGCCCAUCAACUCUUCAAUGGAGCAGCAGACUUCUCAGGCAUAACGACAGGCAAUGGACUCGAGGUGAGUUCCAUUUUGCAUAAGGCAAUAAUCGAGGUUAAUGAAGAGGGCAGUACGGCUGCUGCUGUAACUGCAAUCCAAAUAAUUCCGGCAUCUCCUGGUCCGGCGAUUCAUAAUCCAGACUUUACUGCUGACCAUCCAUUUAUAUUUGCUAUUGUGGAUAAACGGAAUGAUAUGGUGUUGUUUAUGGGAAGAGUUAAAAAAUUAAAAUUCUCCAAAAUGGCAAUUUUGUGUGCUAAAGUCUUAAAAAAUGUUUUAUUAUUACUGAUUGUGAAUGUGAUCAUCAGUUCAGCCUCAUCGUUAUGUACUCCAUCUGAAAUGGCUCAUGAAAAUCUCAGAAAAUUAGCGCACGCAAAUAAUGAUUUUGGGCUUAAACUUUACCAAAGACUCGCUGACGAAUCUUCGAAAAAUGUGUUUUUCUCACCAUUAAGUUUGUCUGCAGCUUUUGGAAUGCUUUUCUAUGGAGCCCGUGGUUACACAGCUAAUGAACUGAGAAUUGCCUUGGGUUAUGAAAGAGCAAAUUUACCAAGUGAGCUUGUUCAUUCAUCCUUCAAACAAUUCCUGGCUGAUACUGUUCCGGAAAAUAAUGAAGUAAAUCCUGAAUAUACCUUGAACCUAGCUAAUGCAGUGCUAUUAGCAAAACAGCUCAACUUAGUGCCACAAUAUAAAAGUGACAUUCAGAAACUAUAUAAUGCAAUUGUACAGGAUGUGGACUUCGUUAAAGAUGCUGAAAAUAUUAAUCAAGGAAUUAAUACUUGGGUAAAAGCUAAAACAAAUAACAAAAUUCAGAGCCUGUUUGAUAAGUUAGACCCAUCGGUCAUCAUGGUUCUUCUUAAUGCAGUAUAUUUCAAAGGAACGUGGAAAACACAAUUUCAACCAGAAAAAACAAGACCACAGAAGUUUUACAAUGGUGGUUCAGAAAAUGGUGCAAAAGAAGUAUCUAUGAUGAACAUCAAGGCUAAAUUUCCGUACACAGAGGUCGAUGAUUUCCAAGCUCUCGAACUACCAUACAAAGGAGAAAACAUUAGCAUGAUUGUUUUGCUGCCACGCCAACGAGACGGUCUUUCAUCUAUGGAAAAAAGUCUAACCCUUGAAAAGCUUGCUCUUAUCCAAAGACAACUUUACCGGACCACAGUCGUUGUAUCACUUCCAAAGUUUAAGAUCGAAUACUCAAAAGAAUUGUCUCCUGAUUUGUACGCCAUUGGAGCUAAAAGCAUGUUCAGUGCUGGAAGUGCUGAUUUUUCUGGCAUGACCUUAGACAAGAAUGUAUUUGUUAGUCAAGUUUUGCAUAAAGCAGUGGUCGAAGUGAACGAAGAAGGAAGUGAAGCAGCAGCAGUUACUGGCAUUGUAAGCAACAGGAUGAGGCCGUUGUUUGACGUAACUCCUGAAUUCAUAGCAGAUCAUCCAUUUAUGUUUGCGAUUGUAGACAGGAGAAGCACUAUGGUAUUGUUUGCUGGUCGCAUCAAUGAUUUGUAAAUACUAUUGAACUUCCCUCGCUGAUGGAUCAUCAUUGCCAACACCCUAAAAAUCAUUUUAGGAGUCAGAUAGAUCACUAUAAAUUAUUUCAAAGCACUUUGA